AUAUAAGUCCUAUCCCAUCUUGCUAUUCUCACCACAAGCCAGCAAUCAGAGCAUAAAUCAUCAAGAAAAACAAAUAAGCAUCAAAACUUUCGAAACUCAAAUCUCUCCUUUAAUUUUUUUCUUCUCUUUGGAAAUGGAGAAAAGUGAGUCAACAAAGAUUGAUGUUGUGGAAACCAACAAAGAAAGGAAAGGAAAAGCCCCACUUUUGGGAACAGCUCCUGUGGUUGCUGCUGCUGCUGUUCAACAUGCAAAGGGUGGUGCCAAAAGAGGCAUUGCCAUUUUUGACCUCAUUUUAAGAAUUGCAGCUUUUGCUUCUGCAUUAGGUGCAGCUGUUGCUAUGGCAACCACUGAAGAAACUCUUCCUUUCUUCACACAAUUCUUUCAAUUCGAAGCCAGUUACGACGAUCUUCCAACUUUCACGUUUUUUGUGGUAGCAAUGGCAAUAGUUGUUGCCUACCUCGUCCUCUCUGUACCCUUCUCUAUAGUGUGCAUUGUUCGACCCCAUGCAGUUGUACCCCGGCUGCUCCUCAUUAUCUUUGACACGGUGAUUAUUGCAUUGACAACGGGAGCAGCAGGUUCUUCAGCAGCCAUAGUGUACUUGGCUCACAAUGGAAACCAAGAUGCAAAUUGGCUAGCAAUCUGUCAGCAAUUUGGUGAUUUCUGCCAACGGGUCAGUGGAGCUGUGGUGGCUGCCUUUGUCACGGUGGUCAUCUUGAUCUUCUUGGUCGUUCUGUCUGCUUCCGUUAUUCGUAGACACUAAAGAAGAGUUUUUCGCCAUGAAAAAAGUAUUCACUACUACUUACAGCGCCUUCAUUCACCCGUCUUGUUAUUAUAAUCUUUGUAUCUCCUUCAUUUGCUUGUGUAAUUGGAUCACAAAAAAAAAAAAAGGUGCAGUUGGAUGUUACUGUUAAUGUCUUUUGAUUUAAGGUUUGUACUUUGUGUUGCUGUCUUUAGGUUCACAAUAUGAAAGGGGAAAACUGGGGAAGUCUUGUAAAUCACAAUUGGUAAACUCAGAGAAUCUCUAUAUUAUAAAUGCUGUAAUUUUCAUAUUUGACUUUAUGGUACUUUUUCUCCCUA